AUGCGUUUAUCUUGCAUCGCACUUACAACACUGGCUGUCUUUUUUGGUGCCGAUGCAGCAGCUGCUGUUCCAGUUACUGAAAAGCACAACAACAAUGUCAUCCGUUUACCACUUGUUCGCAACGAGAAUGGACAAUUGGCUCAUCUCAAACGUGGCAUGCUAGAAAAACGAGCCGAUAAAACAGCCUUGUAUAACGCUGUUGGACGUGAAUACAUGGUCGAGAUCGGCGUUGGUACACCCGCUCAAAAGUUUAAUUUGACUCUGGAUACUGGCAGCGCCGAAUUGUGGAUCCCAUCAACAGGUUGUUCAGCUACACAAUGCCCCUACGAGCGAUUCGAUGCAAGCCGUUCAUCCACCUAUCAAAAGCUCACGGACCCAUUUUCAAUUGAAUACGGCAUUGGUCAAGCCAAAGGUGUCUAUGGCAUUGAUACUGUUACCGUUGGCAAUGCCAAGGUCGAUAAGCAAAAGGUGGCUCUUGUAUCUUCGACCAAAGAUAUUCUCGGCAUGGUCAACAGUGGAGAGCAAUCGAAUGGCAUUAUGGGUCUUGGCUAUCCAGGCUUGAAUACUGUGCGUGGCGUGAAGGAUGACACUCCUUUUGUUUUCAACCUUGCAAAGACGCUUCAAGAUCCAGUCUUUUCCAUUUACUUGAAUGAGAUGUUUGCCUAUGGUCUUACGGGUGAAAUCAUGUUUGGUGGUGAAGACAAGACCAAAUACAAGGGAGCAUUGCAAGCUGUGCCGGUGGUUGAUUAUGAUACGUCGGGCUAUCUUGUGAAACCUAAUGUCGGCAGCGGCAAAAAGGGAUCGUCAUCAUCGGGUACCUAUUUAUAUUGGACUGUGCCAGGUCAAGGCAUCAAGGCGAGUGGCUAUGAAGUAGCAUUACCCUCCAAUGCAGGAUUCAUUCUUGACACCGGCACCACAUUGACCAUGGUCCCCAAAAAGUAUGCAGAUGGCAUUGUGAAGGCUGUUGCAGGAGCUGGCAAAUAUGCAUUUGAUGCAACCAACAACGUCUACCGUGUGGAUUGUAGCAUUGCCAAACAAAAUGAUAAAACGGUCAACUUUGAGAUUAGCACAUCCACCAGCAACAAGGUCGAUCAACCUGUUGUUAUCAGCACUCCUGUUUCGCAACUUGUCAUUCCCAUCGACACCGAUUAUCUCGAUACAGCCAAAUCAUGCAUGUUUGGUAUCACCGUUUCUGGAACGGGCCUCACCGACGGCGAGACAUGGAUCAUCGGCGAAGCAUCAUUACGUUCAAUGUACGCUGUUUACAAUAUGCAAAAGAAUACUGUCAGCCUCGCACCCGCUAUUCAUACCUCUGGCUCUGCUGCCGAUGCCGCUGCUGCUGCUCCAACCGGUAGUACUAGCAAUAACAACAAUGCAUCCUCAUCAGCCAAUCCAAGUGAUGCCAAUCCAUCUGCCACUUCUCAACCUGGUAAUGACAACAACGACGAUGAUGAUAUUCACGGCAAAAUCAUUUCAAUGGAUCAUCAAGAUGAAAGCGCAGCUUCUGGUUUUUCAUCCAAUAUGAUGGCAUUGGGUACCGUUACAGCAUCCAUGAUGGUAGCCUUUCUUCUUCAGUAA